AUGGGCUUCACCACUGGUUUUACCGGCGGCGUCACUCUCACCCUCUCCCUCGCCUACCUCUCUGUGCUUGCUCACCAGCGCACCCGCGAGCAACAAGGCUCUGCCCUCCGCGCACAAGCUCUCGCUAUUCAAGGGUUGAUCGACCCUCUUCCACCACUACCUCCGCCCACACGUUCUGAAGUCGCCGCUGCUCAGAGGGCUCAAACCGUUGAGAUUGCCAAGGAUCGAUGGAACACCGAAGUUGAAAACGCCGUGCGAUGGGUGCAGCACACUGACUGGGUUCAAGUGCGCGAAGGCCUCGAAGAUACUGCGUCACGGCUAUGGGCCCGAGCCUUUGGUGUUAGCCCCUCGGAAGCUGUCGGCGAGGCUGGAAGAAAGGUUACAGAGACUGAGCAACAGGCCAAGCCCAUCGUAAAGCAGGGGGCUGCUAUGCUUGGUGAUGCUAGUGGAAAGGUAGCGGCAGCUGCCAAAAGCGCUUUCCAGAAGGCCAAGGCCGAGAGCAAGGAUUUCGCCAGUGUUGUUCUGGAUCACAGCAAGGAUAAGGAGAAUGUCGACAUUGCUCAAGAGGACGGUACUCUCUCAGCACUGACUCCCGUGGAGAGGGCGCUUCAGCAACGAUUCAGCAAACCUGAGGAUAAGGUGAACAAGACAGUGGAAGAGGCGCUGAAUGACAGAUACAAGCCCAUGGACGUGAGGGAUAACACCCAAUUGAGAGGAGUCUAA